AUGGCUGCUCUGUUUCGUGCUCGAAAACACUUUUUAAAAAAAGGCAACGGCACGGGAACGUCGGCACAAGGAACGGACGAUGCAAACGGUGCAGUCGCUACUCCGGACGUCUCGGACGCCGUCCAGCCCACAGCAUUUGACUUGCCAACCCCCCAAUUCUACCAAUGUAGGUUACAAGCGGCCCAGUGUGCCACUUCCUCGUUUGCUCCACGUCGAAGGGGAGCGGCAAUCGCGGAUGUGGGGUACGUCAGUGGUGGGGCCGAGGUACACCUUGGGGCAUUCGGUGCUGUCGGGAAGAUGACAGCAGAGACGGUCGACUAUUUGCUUCACGUGCUGGAAGAUAGAAAACAAGAGCUGCUCGUAAAUGGCGGCGACAAAGCACUGUGUGCGGCGUGCCGUGACCACGUCGGUACGGGAGCUGUGGACGACAUGGUCAAAAAGACCUCGGCCGCAUCGGAAGUCGCGCGUAUUCAGCUCAGCUGCUCUACUGGCGAUGACGAUGAUCACGUCACGGGGCUCGUUCGGUCGCACUCGUACGAAGCUUUGGUGCAAUUGGAAGGAAUUCUAGAAGCACGACACCACAGGAUCAUGAACGACGGAUUGCUGGAGUCUCUGCCAACCGAUAUCACUUGA